GCACUCUUUAAUCUUUCUCAGCGUUGUUUUGACUUGUAACGCUGUCUUUAGGAAAAGUAAUAUGAAAAUGAAAAUGAGUGGCCUUUCUUUGAGCGUUUUGUGUCUUCUUGUUGUGUCAGCGACAUGUACAGAGUCUCCGGUCCGGCAGCUGAGCACGGUAAGCAACGCAUAGACCGGAAACAGUCGGUUUGGUCAUGAUGUUUAUGUUAGCCUCGCCUUAGCAAAGAUGCUACUGUCUGUGGCUGUGCCUGCAUAACACAGAGCCAGAACCAGAACCACACCAUCGACUAAUGAACCGGUGUUUGGACUUUAAAAUCAGCUGCUGGAUAAAAUAUGUUUUAACUAUUAAACCACUUUAAUUCAAAGAUUAACAAAUGUUUAACAUGAUUAAAAUAUCCCUAAUUUAUUGAAGUACAGGUGUUUAACAUAAAAAUCAACUUACUUUGACUGAUUAACGGCUGUUAAAACUGCAAAACCACCUUAUUAAUUAAUAAACAGACGUGAAAUCAUUUCACCACCUUAUUUUAAUGAUUAACAGGUGUUAGAACUGUAAAUCCCUUUUAAUUUAUUCAACUGUGAAUGUGUGGGAGUGUAAAUCCAACAUAAUCUUUGUAUUUGCAGGUGUUUAAAUGGUUUUUCCUAAUGUACAGGUUUUUAAAACGUAAAAGACUUUAACUUACUGGUUAUCCAGUGUUCAAACCAUGAAACCAAUGUACUCUUUGGAUUUACCUGUGUUUAACAGUAAAAUCCCCCUAAUCUUAGAACACUAUCACUAAAAUUAGUAACACCCUCACUAUAGUAAUAAGAGCUGCAGGAGAGAGAACCAAAAUAUGGCAGAUUUUGAGUGAGUAAAAAUGACCAGCUGACUAAAAUAUUUCUUAUCACCAUAUAAAUUCCCUUGAAAACCACUACCUUGUGAUAGUUAUUCAUAACCACUGUGCUAAAUAAAGAUAGCAUGCAAACUCCAGGACCACUCUUACUGACCUUAUUCCCUACAUGCAGCUAUCAAAUCCACCCAAACCUACUUUACCCUCUAUCACUAUUGCUAGGAGAAAAUCACCUGAACACGUGCCUGUAGGAAAAAGCAGGUUUUGGAUCAGGGAAACAAAUAUGCCUUUAAAGGUGUCAAAGGGAAUGCUGAAGCUACAGGGGGACCCAGGAUACUCAGACAAACUCACGUCAACAUGUUUGAUCUGAUUUACAGGCAUUCAAAUAUUCAAACUAUGUUAAUCUACUGAUUUAUAGGUGUUAAAAGCACUUUAAAUAGCUGAUGAAAACAUCUCAGAACCUCCGUGUCCACCUUAUCUCUCUGCUUUUAACUGAUUACAGGAAAACCUUCUGAUCAACGUGACAGCAGGAACACUAGAGGACACUCAGCUGCAGGAUGCCAACAACCUUCAGGUACACUGUAUAAAUCAAUUAAACUUAACAUACACUCUAUGAACCAGUUAAAUAACGUGCAUGUCGUUUAUACAAAUUUAACCACUGUUCCAGUAAAUCAUGUUGAGAAACCACAGAGCUGUCAGAUGGUGAAUGUAAAUCUCACAGAGUAUCACAUAGUAUCUCACAGGUGAUCUGUUCCGUCUUCCUUCAGAUAAACUUGAAUAUUACUGUGGGGGAGGAGCAGGUUCUGGUUAAUGAUGUCCGCGUGGACUUGUCAGGAGUCACCAGAUUCACCUGUCCAGCACUUCUUUGUAAGUAUAAAAUUGUGAGUUUGGGUUGUGUUGUUUCGAGUAGUCGGCAGCUGUCUCUGUAGUCUAUUGACUACACCUAACCUGCUUUUCAGUGGACAGCUUCAACAGCACCAGAGACUUGGAGUCCGGGGACAUGGUGUCCACGGUGACGCGAGUGAUGGUCGUUCAGAACCGGCUGUACAGUGACUUGGAGGAGGUGGUGGCUCUGCAAGUGUUCAGUGAGGUGAUAGAAAUGGAGGGCAAAGAGGUAAGCGUGUCUGCGGGUCAUUCGAGCAAGUUACGGUGGCAGGAGAAAACUUCUCUUUAACAAGGGUGUUAACCUUGAAUCAUAAAAAGAUUACAUUUAACUCUUAAAUAGUUUCUGUGUCAGCAUUUGAUAUGCUUUCUUCUUACUGUUUUCAGUUCAAAAAAGACUUUAAAUGAUUGACUAAUAAUUCUGUUUUUGUGAAUACUUCAGGUCCAGCAGCCUGACAUGUGUGAGGUGAAGAUACUGAUGAGUCCAGAUUUCCAGAAGAUAGCUCAGUUCACUAAUAUCUACCCCAUUGGACACAGUGAGAUUUUCAGGGUUCCCAGAGAGAACGAUGUGGUCAUCACAGAUCCUCCAAGUCCUAGAAAAGGUAUAAAACCACGAUUCUUGUCUGAUCCUCAUUGUUAUCAUCCAGUUUCUUUAGAGCAGUCACGCUCACAGAUUUCCUCCACAUUAAAUCAGAUGAAGAGCACAUGAUCUCCCAGACCACCAGCCAGUAUCCUUUGAAGCACACAGAGACCACGCAGGAGGAGAUUGCAGCUCCAGGAAAGCUCCCAGAGACCCCCCUACGAAUGGACCCGGACCUGCUGAACGAUGUGGGAUACAACAAUGGUUAUGAGGACUGGGAACUGAGCAGGAAGGACGAGAUCGAGACUAAAGAUCCACCCAAAGAGCUCAAGUCCUCUUACUCUGUGAGUCCAGUCUGAUAUUAGACUUUAAAAACAGCUCUGAGGCCCACGUUGAUUUAGAGAAGUCAGCUCUGGUUCAUAUCUCCCCAUUUCCUGACCUGUUCUUACAUCUCUACCUCUCCUUUCCUUAGGUGGUGUGUCAGUGGGUGGAGGAGCUGAGGGAGCGUCUGAGGCGUUUCUGCUCCGAGUCUUUGCCCCUUUUUUUCCUGGUCAUGUGGGUGGUCGUGAUCGGGGUUGUUGGAUCAGCUGUUAUCGUCAAGAUUCUGGACAUGUUCUUCCCAAGUUGUGAACAAAAGUAAGUUCACUAAACAGGCUAUACAAUACUAAACAGCCCACUGGAAUAUCCACAGAGCAACGUUACUACACUUCUUAUUUUUCAAAGAAAUGUGGAGUAAACGUGUUUCGAGACUCUGAAACUUUCGCUCGGUUACAGUUUUUGUCUUUUUGGGACGGGUUUCAUUUUCUACGUCCGGGCCGGUUGGGCCUGACCGGUGUGGAUUUUUUGGGGCUGAUGCUGAUACCGAUUAUUAGGGGGGAAAAAAUCUGAUUACUGAUUAAUCGACCAGUUUUUAAAUUUUUUUAUUAAGUUAUAAAAAAUAUACUGUAGGUUACUGCUCUUCACGCCGACAGGAAGACCGACUGAUCAAACUUGGACCAGAAAAGCGUUUUCAACUUUCCGUCACUCUGCUGUGCUGUGAGGUAGUUAGUGGAUGAAGAUUGUCAUGAGGUCCCUGCGCCAUCUACAGGAUAAGUCGGGGAACUUUUUAGAUGGCGGAACAUUUUCGAAGUGAAACGGAAUCUUAUUCUCUGCAUUUUAUUUCUGAAAAUAUCGGCGAAAAUCAGCGAGUUUUGGCUGAUUCGUCUCAAACGAGCUAAAAUUGGCCGAUUUAAUCCACUCGCGGAUAAAUCGGUCGGGCCCUACUUGUGAUCACCACUCUCUUUUUCUUUACUUUAGGCACAUUUUCCACAUAAACCCUGAAGCUCGGACGGAGGAGGAGGAAAAGCACAAUCUCCUGGAGAGCGUAGAAACAGAGGCCGAUGAAGAGGAGAAGAAACCCUAAGGAGGGCGGGCCCAGUCAGCUCCUGUAUUACCAGUCUGUUCUGAUUUGAUUUAUACGCUCAGUUUUAAUCAUGUAUUUUUUUCAGCAUGUCCUGGUUUUGGGUUGGCUGAAAAUACCCGAUUAUUUAAUCUCAGUGUACCCUUCAGCAAACGCUCUGGCAGCACAUUUAAUGUUUUUUGAAACCAUCAAAUCAGUUUAUUUCUGGUUUAGAGGGAUUUAUCUUGUAGAAUCUGAUGCCAGCACUUAAACUAUUGUUUCAAGUCUGGGUGUUGCCAAGCCAGCAGCAUGUAAAGCAGCAUCUGUGCUGUCCGAUCAAUAUACUGAACAAUUUGCUCCUGUGAACAGCAGCGCUAAUGUGCAGUAUAUCACAAUUAACACUCGUUCUGUUAUUAGUAUUAAAAAAAAAAAAACACUAGUAACCGGAAAUGGACAAGCUAAACAUUUGAUCUUCUACCUAUUAACAAAACCUACCAAAGGUUUGAGUUCAGUUUUCUGAGACAUUUUUCAGACAUCAGCUGGAAAAACAGUUUAACCUCAAGGUCCUAAAAUCAGCACUUAUGAAGAUGAUCAUGUCAUGUGGUUAAAACCUUUGAACGCUCAGAUUUUAAAGGAGUAGUUCAGCUCUUUAAGGAACAGGUUUAAUCCUGUCGUGUUUGUUUUUUUCUUUUUAAAUGCUACUCAGAGUUGUCUCCAGUAUAACAAACUUCUGACGGGGUUAGGGAGAAGUUUUCUGACGGAUAAAAAAAUGAAACACUAAAACUUACAGGAUGUUGGUUGUAUCGCUCAGAAUGGGUCACUCUGGGAGAGAAGCACCAUGACAGCAUAAAAACAUUUUACCAAAUUAAGUAAUCACCACAGUCAGCCUAUAGCUGAACAAUACUCAUGUAAGGGGUAUCCUUCAUUGUAGGGAGGAAACUCAAUUUAUUUAUACAGAUAUUAAUCAGUUCCUGUGACAAGUUUUUACAGCCUGCUUACUGGACAAAUAAAUAUUAACCUAAACAUUUCAAUCGAUGGUCAAGGUCAAAUAUGGUCCUGCUUAUUGUUCCAAAUUAAAAGGAAUUCAUCAGGGUCUGAAAGUCCCACUCUGAUUGAUUUAUUUUUACUAUUUAAAGUGUUCUCAGUGGUCGUUAAAUUGUGAUUAUGAAGUUUUAAACCAAAAUCACACUACCUGUGUCAUUUUCAUGGGCUUUUCCUCUGUAGAGCUUCAGAAGCUCAUUAGCAGUUCGCCUCUGAUUUGACAAUAACAUCUCCCUCAUGUGGGGCUCCAGGCAAACUGAGUCCAGUAUAAACACAGAGAAAGAGAGAAGCUAGCCUGUUUGUUGGAUAUGUUUUGUUUAGUGUGAGCCGUUUGUUGGCUCCACACACACCGACUUCUUAAAGGGUCAGGAUUAUAGAGGCUGGUUUUUCUGUGGGAUUGACCGGCACUGAGCAGAGAUUGACUGAAAACUUUUUUCUGAAACAUUAAAGAAGACAAAAAAAAUAUGUCCUUUUUAAACCAUUUUAAUAAAACUCUUCGUCCAUCAUGUUACAUGAUCAACCUCUUCAGACUGAAACUAAAUGGACUUUAUGGUGAAACUGUUUUUUUUCCCCUGCUGUAAGCUGUCAUUAAAUCCUCUGAAUUAAACAGAGAGCUAUUUCUGGAAACAGACAUGGAGACAGCAGGUUAAACGCAUUAAUAUGAACAAACUGAGUGUUUUUAAGGAGCUGCGUUCAGUAUCACUAAGCUCUUUAUGUGCACCAAAUCACCUGCCACAUGUAGCACUUUGUUCAGCUCACACUGUUUGAGUUUCUCCUUAAGUUUCCUACUGAAAUUAAAAAGUAAAGAGAUUUUAAAAAGUGCACUAAAGAGAGGUCAUUCAGUGUUCUCACUUACUGACAGCAGAGUCUCAGUGUCCGGACUCUAUAUUGAAUCUAUUUUGUGGAAACCUGACCUGACAUGGAUGCAGUACGGAGCCCCUGAGGUCACACAAAACAAGAUAAAAAACUAGUUCACGACUUGUGAGGUAUCAACUUUUUCCCACAAGAUAACUGGGGUGCACCAGGUAUUACCAUGAGAAAACAUGUUGAUGUCUUUUAAAUGAUGUAAGAAGUUCAAAUCUUAUUUCCACAAAGAUUAUAAUUUUUAGCUGACAAGUUAUUGACUCAUGUAAAAAGUUAAUAUCUUUGUUGUACAAGAUAUUAACUCAUUUACAGAAGUUAAUCAUCUUUUGCACACAAUGUAAGUAUCAUUUGGGGACUUUUAUUUUGGAGGGGCUCUGAAAAAGGUGUAGGUAAAGGACUUAAAAACACUCCGCUGUGAUGACUUUCCUCUCUCUGAACUCUGAAUGUGAUAAAAAAAGACAAACUUGCACAGCUUUCUCCUAGUGCUCAUACAGUGAUUGUUUCCUCACAAUGCCUCUGAACAGAAAAAAAUAGCUUUGAUUCACCUUCUUCGGCUUGUUUUUUUGUUUGUUUGUUUGUUGUUACUUAUGAUUGAGAAUGUGAAUGAGAGUCUUCAUAUUGUCUAUGCACUCUAAACAUAAACACUAUUGCUGUGUCUCGACUGAUGUACUGAUAAAAAUGACUAAAAAAGAACCCUGUUACAAACUUGGAGUGAAACUCUGUUUGGACUGAAGGCAGGUUAUCCAUUUAAAAAAAGUGUUAAGUUAACGACAGACUCAGCUGCUCAUCCCAAAUUUAUUUAUCAUGUUUAGAAUAAAUCAUUCCCGUAGUGGAGCUGAGGUGGUGAUCUGCGGAUUUGCAUGAUGUGCUGCGAAGCUGAAGGUGCAUGUAAAGCUGAACCUGCUGCUCUUUCAGCCAGCUUCACUCUAAAACAGGACACUGCAUGAUGACUCUAAGUCCAGGUUUAAACUCUGCCACUAGGAGCGGCAGGUGAAACCAGCCUGCAAGUGUAUCAGCCUGUAAAUAAAACGGCCUGUGAGGUAUGAUGUCAUAUAAUUAAGCAGCUGAUUAAGUAAACAGUGGAUUUGAUUGGUCCUGUUUUAAUGCUGUAAAUUCAUGUACCUCUAUGAUCCUAAAUGUGUCACUGACAGCUGGACUGUGUGUUUCAGUCUGAAUCAUUCUGAAUAAAGAUUUACCUGUCCAUCAGGUGUCCUCUG